UUUUCUUUUUAUUUACUUUAGUUCCGCUAUAAAGAUGAAGUUGAUUGCUACCAUAGCAUUUAUAUGUUUCCAUACAGCGACCUGCACCACGCCCAUGUCUCCAGAUAUCUUUGUAGGGACCACAGACCUUAAAAUCGGUUUUGGACAUGACUGUCAUUUGUUCUGGAGAGGAGACGACGGUUAUCGAAAGAAUGCCGAGUUUCGGUGCGGUACUUCUAAAGGAGAUCCCAUGUGGAUUAAGAAACGUGGCCACCUGUAUGCAAUUGGUUCCGGAAACUGCCCUUUAUACUGGAAUGGCGAUGAAGGAAAUGUCAAAAAUGGCCAGUUUCGUUGCGGAAAGCCCAUCAAAGAUCUUUUCUACAUAAAACCACGACCUAAUGGUCUGUGGGCUAUUGGUUUUGGAAACUGUCCGUUGUUUUGGAGAGGCGAUAAGGGAAAUGUCAAAAAUGCAGAAUUUCGCUGUGGAAAGGACAUAUCGGACGAGUUCUGGAUAAAAGGUGCUGGCUGCAAACCGACGAAGGUGCAGAUUCUCGAUACUGCGGACGAUGCAAAAUUCGACGGAGAGGAACUUAUUGGUGUAACAACAGCGGCCAGUUGCUCUGGAGGAGAACACACCCUCAUCCUUCAACAAUCAAAGGAUCUUACGGAAGAGCUCACGUUGGGAACAACUAAAUCUACCGAGGUAAACUGGCAGGUAAGCGCAAGUGUCACUGUUGAAGCAAGCGCCAAAUUUUUGGGAAGUGGUGGAUCCGUUUCUGCGACUGUUGGUUACUCCGUUGGUGGCGCGGUUACGUGGGGGAGCUCCAGAGAAAAAACAACAGGAACUACUUCAACUACAGGAUCAGGUGUAGAAAUUAGUUAUAAAACACCGGGCGCCGCAAUGAUAGUCGGUUUCGCAAAGCGAUACGUAUUUGAUAAUUCACGAGUACCAGCGAAAGUCACGAUAACAUGCAAGGGAGGACAUUCCUUCACAUACACUACUUCCUUCAGUUUGAAAACGAAAACCUACAGUCAAACAUUCUACAAACAUUACCUUGGAGAAUUUUUACCUGGCAAGUGCACACAUAGUCGUGCUAAUUGCGUGUACAAUUGGCGAUUUAGCAGCUACAAAAGUGUAAUGGACGCACGGCAUAAGUUCAAUCAAUGUUUUCCUGCAGAGAUUGGGAAAUUGACAAGAAAGUAAUGGACAUGGUAUGGACAUUUUAAAACUCUUCGUUAAAUUUGUUUAAUUACAUUUCUCGCUAUGAGAAUGAUGCAAUACAUUGUUCGUAAUUGUUUGUUAUGUUAUACGUAGUUCAGUAAUGUUUGGAAUGUGCAUAAUCAAUAGUAACACGUGUGCCAAAUCUGCGCUCGUAAUAAUUUUUCGCACAUCUAACGGGGAGAUAUCUGUUAAUUAAUUACAUCUCAAUUAUCAUCAAUCAGUGUCUGAAUGUUUGCAUUAUCAUGUGGUCUUUUCGCGCAAGGGUGAUUAAACAUUUUGCGUUUGAAGCUAGUUAAUAUAUCAGAAAAUUAAUAUGGUUUAAAAAACGAUGCACUCGAAAAGACAAGCCGGUGAAAAAGUAUUUGAAGUUGUUUUAACGUUUUUUAUUGUUUUGAAAUAACAAUUAAAUUGUUAACUACCUUAUUGAAGAAAGUAAACGCUGUAGGAUUAGCCUGCGUGGCAGGCGGUAUUUCUACAGGUAGCGAAAAUUAGGGUGGCAAGGGAAAUACCGUCUGCCGCAAAACCAGGUGUUUUUGAAUUACCCGUCCGCUGGUGAACGUAAAAAAUGGAUUGGUUAGUAUUUGUAGUUUCAAUCAACGGUUAAAUGUUAAUUAUUAACCAAAUGUUUUAACGUUUUAAAAUUAGUUCACAAGUUAGAUCAG